AUGGCAACACAUAAUACUGAGUCGGAUGCCGACAUUGUCCGCGACUAUGAUCGAGUUCUGCAACCUAAGCUCCUUGCGGCCCUUGGAUCAAUCCAUGGCCUUUCGUGGGCUUCCUUCACUCUCCCAAAAGUUCGUGUGAAUGUCUCCCAAGCCAAGAGGUUCGAGGAAACGCGUCACGUGGCUCCGCGCACGGCACGGCCGUCCGAUGGUAACAGCAACACCCCUUUUGGCCUGUACUCACUCGGCCAAAGUAUUGGAGUGGAACAGCUUGAUGGCCAGGGUACGCUUGGAGGUUUCAUCACCGUCUCAACUGGGGACAAGACUAGGGUGUACGGCUUGACCAACAACCAUGUUAUGAAUGUUGCGGCAAGUCCGACACAUGUAGAGAAGGACAUCGCAAUCUACGGUCCCAACUAUCAUGAUCUCGAGGCCACCAAGAUUACCCACCAAGACACAAAGAUCCAAUCGUACAAGCUAGGUCAAUUGAAAACCACCUUUGGACGUACUUUGGAUCUGCCGCCUGGGGAAGCAAAUCCUUGUAUCCUUGACUGGGCUCUCUUUGAUCUGAACUCCGACACCCUGAAGACCAUGAAGCAUGAAUUUUUGAAGCUGAAGCCUAACUUCCAGUUGCCUCGGUCUCAGGGAAGAGAAUGGGAAGUGAAUCUGGUCCGGAAGGUGAUGAAUAUUACCGACAUUGAGACAUGGAAGGGAACGCUGCAAAAUCGUCAUAAGUACAGUGCUGUUGUGGAGUUAAUUUUGCGCCCAAGAUGCCAACAACCCUUCUGUCAAUCGGGGGGCUCUGGGUCUCUUGUUGAUGAUGAGAAUGGUCACAUUGUAGCGCUCCUCUGGGUACUGGCAGAUGAUGAUACUAUCGUCACAGAUAUCCGCGUGGUAUUUAAGUCGAUUCGGGAAAAGUUGAAUUUGGACUCGAACGCGGUCCUUGGUGUUGCUACCACAUUUUGA